AAAGCUGGAAAGGGGCGGAACCUGAUCGCGUAGCUAGUACCGCCACCGCAGCCAGCGCGUAGCCCGCCGCCGUCACCGCGGCCUUCGUCUCUGACUCGCGGGGAUGACCAUCGGGAAGCCUCCGGGAGCCCCGGGCGGCGCUCAGUGGAGCCGUCAGGAUCCCAUGCUCCUCAGUAGCAGCGCAAGGGCUGGAGCACAUACACACGUUUGACUCAGAAUCCAGUGUUCUUUUCAGUAUCAGAGCUGGACCUUAGAGAAUCAUCACCAAGUGUCACCUGGAGGCCUGUAGCAGCCUACCUCCAACUGAUUUCUAGAUGCAACCAGUCAUCUUAUCCAGUCCAAUCCCGGCUACACACCUGGUUCUCUAAGGAUAUCUCAUACCCCUGUCCUCCAGCCACACUGGCGCUCCUUCUACCUCUCCAAGAGCCAAGUUUAUUCCUGCUUGAAGGCCUUUGCAUUUGCUUUUCCUUGAACCCAGAACGCUCUUACCCCAGAUCUUAGCAAGGCCGGCUCCCUCUCAUCAAUCACGUGUGAGUCUAAAACUCCUCUGCAGUGAGAAAGUAAAAAUCAGCCCAGGACUGAGAAAGUACAAUGCAGACUGUAACAGACACAGCUAAGGUAUUUCCCCCCAAGUCCUCCUCAGACUCGGAUACAGAAGAGGAGUUGUCUGGGGAUGGGCUGGUUUUGCCCAGGGCUGGCAAACUGGAUGACUUCCUUGGCCCAGAGGACUUGACGCUUUCUGAAUCUUCUGACUCAACUGGGAGCUUUUACGAGACCCUGGAGGAAGUAAAGCAGAAAGGCAGGUGGUGCCUGUUGGAAUCCCUUUAUCAGUCUGACCCAGACAGUGGUGAGAACUUCUCCGAAGAUGAUGAGGACCUGGAGAGUUUCUUCCAAGACGAAGGCAGGGGGAAGCCACAGGUCCAGUACCCCGUGUCUCCAAGGUGUGGCCCCACAAGGCGCUGCAGCUCGCUGAGCAGCCUUCCGUCCGACGACCCCAAGGGUCAGCCCCCGCCACCCUCAGGCUCCAGGCCUCCUUCGCAGCACAGAAGCCGCAGCUCCUGGGCAUCAUCCCUCACCGUCCCUCGGCCGUUCCACAUGACUCUGCGUGAGGCCCAGAAGAAGGCCCAGUGGCUGGCCUCCCCUGCCUCCUUCGAGCGGGAGAGGAAGCAGGCCCAGCAGCAGGGUCAGGAGGAGGCCGAGUGCCACCGGCAGUUCCGGGCGCAGCCCGUGCCCGCGCACGUCUACCUGCCCCUCUACCGGGAGAUCACCGAGCGCAGCGAGGCCCGCAGGCAGGCAGGGAUCCAGAAGAGGAAGGAACUGCUCCUCUCCUCCUUGAAGCCCUUCAGCUUCCUAGUGAAGGAGGAACAGAGAAAGGAAGCCGCUAAACAGAGGGAGUUGGCCGCCACAGCCAAGGCCAAGGUCCCCAAGCAGAAGGCCACCAGAAGGAUCCCCAAGUCCAUUCUGGAGCCAGCCCUCGGGGACAAACUCCAGGAAGCAGAACUCUUCAGGAAAAUUCGCAUCCAGAUGCGAGCCCUAGACAUGCUCCAGAAGGCCUCCUCCCCUGUCGCCUUCUCCGGCGGCCGGCCUGACCCACAGCCUCGCACAGCUACCCGAACCCAGAAGGAAAAGCUUGCGUUUCUGCACCCUGACUUUGGAUUCCAGCCUCGGGUGAAUCCUGCCGUCCCUGACUAUGAAGGCCUUUACAAGGCCUUCCAGAGAAGAGCUGCCAAGAGAAGGGAGGCCAGGGAGGGGACCCGCAACAAGCCCUUCUUGCUGAGAACCAGCAGCCUGCGUGGCACUCAGCGGCCCAGUGAUGCCGCCACGUCCGGAGGGAGGAGGGACUCUCCACAGCCACCAGCCACACCGCUGCCAAGGAGUCGUUCUCUGAGUGGCCUUGCUUCCCUCUCUGCCCACACCCUCCCUGUGCACAUCACGGACAUCACCAGGAAGAGGGAAUCUGCAGUCAGAAGUUCACUUGAAAAAAAGGACAAAGCAGAUGAGAGUACUCAGUGGUUGGAGAUGCACAAAAAGAAGUGUCAAGCAAUGUCGAAAUCCGUGACCUUGCGUGCGAAAGCCAUGGAUCCCCACCAAAGCCUGGAGGAGGUGUUCAAAGCAAAGCUGAAAGAGAAUCGGAACAAAGACCGUAAAAGAGCAAAAGAGUAUAAGAAAGAAUUGGAAGAAAUGAAGAAGAGAAUACAGACAAGGCCGUAUCUCUUCGAACAAGUUACCAAGGACCUUGCCAGGAGAGCCGCAGAACAACGGUAUCGAGACACCCUGCAGCAGGCUGGGCUGGAUGAAGACUUUGUGAGGAACAAGGGUCAGGGCAGCCGGGUUGUACGAUGGCGGGAGCAGUCAGAAGUCCGUGACUGUCCCAGCACCCAUGAAACUACAAAACUCAGCACCAGAAAUGCACAGCAGGAUUUAGAAGAAUCUCUACAGCAGCCUACAAGCCCCAAGAAAGAACUGGAAGAGCUGUCUUAUGAAUUGCUAGAUAAUUUCAAAUCACUUGCUUAAUCAGUAACACUUAAAAUUACUGCUUUUCAGUAUUAACCAGCUAACUUGGAGUUGAGUCAAGGCAAGCAAAACUUGGCUUCUGAGUCAUGGCUACUCUUGGAGAAUGGGGAAAAGAGUAGUAGCAGGGGGGAAAAAAAGCAGAUGACAAACAGGGAAUGAAUGGUUUAAGUAAAUCAAAGUGAACAACCUCAGGGCAGACGGAUCAGAGCUGAGUUAAGUAAGCAUUCUUGCUUUGUGCCUCCUACUUUAAAAAAAAGGGCACAAGCCCAAAUGCCUAACAGAGGCUAGUUAGGAAACAAAGAGAUCACAUGGGCUGGGUAUAAGAUAGUAGGAGACAGUAGAGACUAGUGUCUCUGCUAGAACACAGGCCCAGAACUGCCACAUCAAGUGAGCUUUCAACAGAAGCCAGAAAUUUGCAUGUUGGCAACUAAUUUAAAAAUUAUUUAGAAAUAUUGUGUGGGGUAGGAAGGGAAAAAUGAAGGGGGGAAAUCGGAGGGGGAGACGAACCAUGAGAGACUGUGGACUCUGAGAAACAAACUGAGGGUUCUAGAGGGGAGGGGGUGGGGGAUGGGUCAGCCUGGUGAUGGGUAAAGAGGGCACAUUCUGCAUGGAGCACUGGGUGUUAUACGCAAACAGUGAAUCAUGGAACACUACAUCAAAAAAAAUUAAAAAAAAAAAAAAAUACCGUGUGGGAGUAACAAAACACCUGCAGGAUGACAAGCUUGCAGCUUCUAGUACAGGGUCUCCCAACCUCAGUACUAUCGACAUUUUGAGCCAGAUGAGUCUGUGUUGGGUGUUGGGAGAGGGGGCUGUCCUGUACACUGUAGGAUGUGUAGCAGCAUCCCUGGCUUCUACUCACUAGAUGCCAGUAACUCCCUCUCCCCAGUUGUGAUGAACAAAAAUACUUCUAGAUAUUGCCACAUGUGGGGCAGGGGGCAGGCAAUAAAUGUUGCCAAUUAAGAACCAUGCUACAGUAUAAAAGUAAGGCUACAGGAAGUAAAAACUGGCAAAUUAAGAAUACAAGAAAUUGACAUGAACUCAAUCUACAUAGCAAAGGAUGAUUAUGCAUGUCAUUAACAAAUUAAGAACUAUAUUUAUUUAUUACAGCAGUUAAUUCUUUCCUGUUAUCUGUUUAGAAUAUGCCACUGUGUGCAUGGUAUGUAUGUGUCAGCAUGAGGUUCAUUUUAAAUAAAGUGAAAAUUCUCUGACAGCCAUGAUUUUCUACUAGUAAGUGAUCUCUGGAACACUCUUCUUCUUACCAAUGAUUAAUCAGAUGUUCUCUAACUGGCUGUAAAGACAGGAUGAUAGCAAGAGUGCCUACUCUUAACAGAAGUACAUUUCUCAUGUUUUUGUUUUUUUUAA